GCGCCAACAAGCGUGGCGGCGUGACGGACACACAGGACAUCCUCAUAUGGGGUGACAUUGGCCAUGGGCGAGAGCCCUGGCACUCCGAUCCCGAGCUGGACCGCAUCGUAGACGCGUGUGCAUGGGGAAGGAAAUACGGUAUCGAUGGGUACAUUCGUAUGGAGUACGACUUGUAGCGAAAUCAUGUAUUGCGACAUCUCCCAAGGCCUCGCAUUGGUCUCCUCCCUCGACACUACACCCGACCCUCGCCUCGCUCCGCCGCUCAUGGAAGUCCGACACGCAGGCAGCCGACACAACGCCUACCCCGGCGAAACGCGUGUGCAGGUCGACCCCUCCACGCUCAUCUCGUUCUUCGACCCCGCCCUCACCUCUCUCACUGCUGCACGGCACGGGCUCUCCCGCACACAGUACAGAGUUGCACGCAUCUCUCAAGACGACUUGGACGGCGUGCGUACCGACAUCGCCGACAUGGUCGCGCGCGACUCCGGUGAAAAGAGCGGCGUUGACUGGCGCACUCUCGCGCAAGUCAUCCAAGAGAGGUUCGCGGACCGCCUGCUAUACGUACGGUAUCUACUCUAUCAUGCUCGCCUGGUGGCCGCGAAUACCUCCGCGGCCGCUCAAGCUCACUCCCAGCUCCAGAGCAUCACUGCGGCAGUACGCAAACAGCUCGUCAUCUCGCUGAGCCCGUACAUGCCCCGUGAAGGUAUCGGCGAGCCAGCGUGGUUCGAAGCGACUGCGCGCGGGUGCGCGACGAGCUUCACGGCGCAAACCCCCAGCACGCGGUUCACGAAACAGGAGCGGCUCCUGCGCUACGCUGUCGACGAGGUGCUCCACGAGAUUUGCCGGGUCUACACCGAGGCGUGGAGAGAUGCGUUCGGCUUCGAAAUGGCAAGGACGGACGAGGCCGUCGAUGCUAUUAUUUCGCACCCAGUGCUGGAAAAGUGGAGAGCUGCAUUCGACGCUCUCAUCGAGUGGCUAGACUGGCCCAUAUGGAUGAAGUGCGACCCUGCAUGCGCCGUCGAUGAAUUCUGUGAGAUGCCUCAAUUAGCACCAUGGCAGACUGGGGAGGCUCAACCUCGGUGCAUCGCCAUAGACAGCGGAUGGGUAUAGCUUAACUUCAAAACAUAAGUCAUUCGUACACCAACUCCCAAAAGUACCAUAGCACACUGAUCUGUCUUGUGUAC